AGUCGGGACCAACAGAAAUCAGAGAUCAGUGAAGCCAUCAGAAUUAUUGUAUCAGAAAUACCCAUGCCAGUGGUUAGAGGACCCUUACAGACCUGGCUGACUGAAGGAGACUCAGUGACUCUGAGCUGUGAAGUUAGAGGCUCCACUACAGGCUGGAGAUUCCACUGGUACAAGACUCACUACAUACCGGAUUCGUUUAAUGUGAUUCGUACGAAGAGAGGUUAUUACUUAGAGAUGUCAGACAGUAUCAAAGGAGCUGGAGGCUCCUACACUCUCAGCCCUGCUGCUCUUAGACACACAGGGGUGUAUGUGUGCGGGGCAGAGAGAGGAGAGCCAGCCUAUCACACGGAGUUCAGUCAAGAACAGCCCCUCUGGAUCACAGGUCUGUCUCCUCCAUCUACUCUGGUUGUCAGUCCCAAUAGAAAUCAACAUUUUGAAUUCAAUUCGCUCUCCCUGAGCUGUGAGGGGAGAGGAAAUGGAUGGAAGUUGAGAUGGUUCUCAGAUCAAACGCUGCGUGAAAUUUGUCCUUAUGAAGAAGAAGUAGGAUCCAGCUGCAGCAUCAGCUCAGCAUCUCCAUCAGACAGUGGAGUUUACUGGUGUCAGUCUGAGUCUGGAGAGCAGAGCAAUCCUGUCAACAUCACAGUGUACUCUGGUGAUGUGAUCCUGGAGAGUCCUGUCCAUCCUGUGACUGAGGGAGAUCCUCUGACUCUGCGCUGUAGAUAUCGCUACCAGCCAUCAAACAUCAGCGCUGACUUCUAUAAAGAUGAGACACUCCUGCAGACCUCCACCACAGGAGAGAUGACCAUCCCUGCAGUCUCAAAGUCACAUGAAGGCCUCUAUAAGUGCAGGAACUCAGAGAGAGAAGAGUCACCAGAGAGCUGGAUCCUAGUUCACAUAAAGGCCUCAAACUCUGAAUCUGCCAACCAAAUUGCAAUGGGUGUGGUACUGGGCCUGGUGAUGAUCUUUGCCUUGGUUAGAAUCUUGGUUUGGCUGUAUUGCUUCAAGAAACCUCAAGCAGGACCUGUUACAGACACAUCAAUGCAUGGUCAACAAGUCCAGAACACCUCUCAGAAUCCUGUAAGGAGUCAGUCUGCAGAAACAAAUGGAGCCCAGUCAAGAUAUGUGACAAUGAGUAGAGUUGUAGAUACUACACAUACCUAUGCCAACAUCAACCUAGAGAGUGUACCUCAGCAAUCAAAAGACAAACAUGUAUAUGAAGUUAUGGCUCCUCGGCAGGAGCCAAGAGAAAUGAAGUCUGACUGACUGUGUGGACUUCAUCAACUGUGCUGUUGUAGCAUUUUGUUCAGUUGUCUUAGUAUGCAACUAUAGCGAUUAUGAUUAAGUGUCAAUUACGUUCAGUUUACUAAAUUAAUAUUGGAACAUACUGUACUAUUGUGGUCUCCAUAUUGCAGUUGUACUUUUGUUGUACUUCUUUUAUACAUUAGAUAUGAGUUGUAUGCAUUUAUCCAAACAUGCUUUCAUCUGUAGUUUAAA